AUGAAUCAUAUUGAUUUGGAGCUUCUGGUACAGAACAAGCGCUUGACCCAAGAGGCCAACCGUGACGAGCCCGAGAAGGGCAAGUCAGAGCGCCGCCGCCGCGGCACCAAGAGCAACCGCGCGGGCCAAAAGGCCCGCCAAGCUGCGAGAAAAGCGGCUCCUGAAGGAGAGGCCUCGGCCUCUGGAGGUGUGGGCUCUGCCCCCGUCACUACCAAAGACCUCCAGCAGGAGGCAGAGGCUCCGGCCUCUAGCCAAGAGAGCCCUGCGCGCCCACCCGCUCCAUCGACAGCUGCUGCCCCCGCUGGCCCUGCUGCCCCUGAGGACAAGGGGAAGCAGAGGGCUGAAUAA